GCUUAUUCAGGGGAGCACUAUAAAGAAAGAAGAUAAUUAAAAAAGUAUUCGAUUUUAAAAGACAUACUACACAACGAUCAUGUUUCUGACAUUAGCUAUUCUUCUCACAGCUCUGCAAAGCGCUUUGACAGUACCCGUUCGUCAAUGCGACAGAAGCGGUAGACUGGGUCAGUUCAUACCCGACGACAUGAACCCCUGCGUAUACUACAGGUGCGAGUACCUGGGCACGCCCUACCAGAGGAUGAGCGGCAAGAUGUACUGCGAACAGCCCUACGUCGUCCCGCGGUCCUUUGGUGCCACCAGACGGUUCCCAAGCCACAGUAACCCUUGCGUACUCUACAACCCAACACUGGCGUCGAGAUGUAUACGAGGGGUACAGGCGUGGAGUAGGUGGAGUAACUGGGGGCAGUGCACGAGGGACUGUGGGGUCGGUACCCAGAGGCGCACACGGGUGUGUCUGGGAGGACAGAGCUGUCCGGGACUCCUGGUGGAGAGCCGUUUGUGUAAUAUGCAUCCAUGCUUUGGAGAGACGGUUGUUAAGGAUUUUGACAUCAUGCUACAAGAAGACGACCAUGCAACGUCAUUCGUCACGUCAGACUCGCAAGCGAGUGACGUAGACACAACACUGUCCACAACCACCACACAAAAAGAGACUACAAGAACCUCCGCCACAUCCAUUGCUGAGUCUACGCAAGCUCCUUCUUUUGCUCCCACCGAAGGCAGUGGUGAAGCGACCGGAAGUGACGACACGUCGACUACCAACAGUGACGUCACACCCACUGACAAUCCUACUGUUGUUGGGUCAACCACAUCCAGUUUUCAAUAACAAACUACCAAAUGAAACUGUAAAUAAGAUAUUCAGAACGCUUUUUGUACAGGUUAUACACAUAUCUAAAUCAGUAUUAUACCCUAACUAUAUCGGUUAAAUAAUUUAUGAAAAAUUUAAAAGGGAGAGCCGUAUCGGCUUGUCAGUAAGAUUCUGUGCUGAUAUUCACCGGUGAGAAAAAAUAUGAUUUGGAUAAAUAAUCGCAGUUUGAAUUGCACAAAGUGUAAGUAUUAUUUAGCAAUUUUUUCUGCACAAUCUGUGUUUGAAGAAGAGUGUAAGGUACU